AUGUAUGAGCUUGGGAUAUGCCUGAGCACAGGUCGUUUGUUGUGGAUGCGAGGACCCUACCCUGCAGGGACGUCUGACAUUACGGUAGCCCGAACAGGAGGACUUGUCGAGGAACUCCGUCGUCGUGGACAAAAAGCAAUUGGAGAUCGAGGUUACAAUGGGGAACAAAAACAAAUUAGCACACCGAAUGCUCAUGACAACAAGGGGGUGUCGCUAUUCAAAAGACGAGCUCUCAUGCGUCAAGAGAAUUUCAAUGGAAUGAUCAAGCGAUUCAAUGUGACGAGUCAUUGCUUUCGUCACAGUGAAGAACGCUUUGAGCUUGCGUUUGAAGCUGUUUGCGUUAUUUGUCAAUACAAAGUGGAGAACGAAACCCCACUCUACGACGUCUUGAUUCAACAAGUGAAAGACCAAUUUGAAACGAAUUCUGUCACUAGCUAA